CACCAUCAAUAAAAACAUGCACAUCAGAAUAAAAACAAGUAAAACAUGCAAUACAAAAUAUAACAUAAGUGCAACAUUACCACUCUGAGACAUUUAUAUAUUUCAGAGACUUUUUUCUUCGUUCUCCUCCACCUCUUUAUGUUGUCGCCACCUCCAAACCCACGUUUCCUGUCAUUCCCAUCCACGUUUAUUCUGCAUUUUGUACUCCUUCAGUCACAGGUGAAUAAACGUUCAAAUUUUCGGACUUUUUCCGGGAUGCGUUCUUCAAUCUGUUCUGUGUCUGCCGCUACAUAUCUUUAUACUUUUUUAAUGGGACAACAUUAAUUAUAGAUUCACUCGGAUAAAUACAAUAAAGUUUAUCUCUUACUAAAUGGAAUAUUUACUAAGAAAUCACAAUGUAGCCAUAGAAACAUUACUUGGUAUUUAUGUUCUCUCUGUCAUUCCGUCCUUCCGUCUUCCUUCCUGGUAAACACUGUUCGAGUGAGGCUCAAGGAUCAGUUUCCAAAUGCAAAUGCAUCUCAUUCUACUGCCCCUUUAAAGCAAUUAUACAGCUGUCUGUCAUAAUGUGUGAACAAAAAGUUACAGCAGUCACUAAUUCACAUAAUUUGGUCCUGUGUUUCCUACAGAUGUCAAACAGCUGGUGCUGGUUAAAGAAGAAGCUCCUGGAGAGGACCAGCAAGGCCCACAACACCUCCUCAUAAAGAAGGAACAGGAGCAACUCUGGAUCAGACUGGAGGGAGAGCAGCUCCAUCUGAAGGAGGAGACUGAUGCUGCCAGGUUUCCAUUCACUGUAGUUACUAUAAAGAGUGAGGAUGAUGAAGAGAAACCUCUGAUCUCACAGCUUCAUCAGCAGCAGAUAGAAGACAGAGAUGUUCCAACCAGCAGCUCAGCUGACCAGAUGACAGCAGGAACUGGUGGAGGAGCAGAGAGUAGCAGGAACGCUGAUCUGAACCCUCAUGAACAGACAUCUGAUUCUUCAGAGACUGAAGUUAGUGGAGAUGAUGAAGAGGAUGAUGUAAAUCUGGACUCUGAACUGUCAGACUCUGGGUCUGAAGCAGAAGACAAAGACGGUGACUGGAAUGAGAAGAGGGCUUCUGAGUCGGACGUCAACACUGUUAACAAAUCCUUUAGCUGUCCUGAGUGUGGUGAACAAUUUCUUCACAAGAGGCCUCUCCAGAAACAUGUGAGAGUGUCAGGUCAUUCAGCAACAAGUUCUUCAGGCUAUUUACUUAAAAAGAAAUGUGUUAGAGUGAAGCACCAUGUAGACCCACGUAGGAAAAUCCAGAAAGAACAAAAAUCAUUUAGUUGUGAUGACUGUGGAAAAAUAUUUAGCACAAUAUCACAUUUAAACAGACACAUGAAAGUGCACACGGGACAUAAGCCAUUUGCUUGUGAGGUCUGUGAAAAAAGAUUUAGCCAGAAUACACAUUUAAACAGACAUAUGAGAGUCCACACAGGACAGAAGCCUUUUGCUUGUGUGCUCUGUGGACAAAAAUUUAGCCAUAAGUCGACUUUAAACCGUCACAUGACUGUCCACACCGGACAGAAGCUUUUUACUUGUGAGUUCUGUGGACAAAGAUUUAGCCGAAAGACAAAUUUAAACAUUCACAUGAGAGUCCACACCGGACAGAAGCCUUUUGCAUGUGAGCUUUGUGGACAAAAAUUUAGCCGAAAAACAACUUUAAACAGUCACAUGAGAGUCCACACAGGACUUAAGCAUUUUGCCUGUGAGCUCUGUGGACAAAGAUUUAGUAGAAAGACAACUUUAAAUGCUCACAUCAGAGUCCACACAGGACAGAAGCCCUUUGCCUGUGAGCACUGUGGACAAAGUUUUAGCCAAAGGACAAAUUUAAACACUCACAUGAGAGUCCACACAGGACAUAAGCCUUUUGCUUGUGAGCUUUGUGAACAAAGGUUUACCAGAAAGGCAACUUUAAGUGCUCACAUGAGAGUUCACACAGGACAGAAGCCCUUUGUCUGUGAGCUCUGUGGACAAAGAUUUAGCCAAAAGACUACUUUAAACACACACAUGAGAGUUCACACGGGACAGAAGCCUUUUGCCUGUGAGCUCUGUGGUCAACGAUUUAAACAAAAGACAACUUUACAUAAUCACAUGAAAUUCCACUGAGCCUGAACAAUUUUUUUUUCUGUUGUCAAAAUUGAGAUUUCAAACAACACGAUUAAAUGAUUGUUAAGACUGUGCUUUUUGUAGUGCUCCUGACUGUCCCAUGAUGUCUUGUGGCAACUACAGCAGUAAUAGCAAGUGGGGGUGGGGACAUGGGGUUUGGAGUAGUGCUGCUACGAUUAGUCAAUUUGUCACAAUGAUGUCUACAAACAAAAUAGUUGACAAUAAAUAUAAUAGUCAACAUUUAUUCUAUGAAGCUUUGCUUUUCUCUAUCUUGCCUGUUACAGUAUGACUGCUGCUUUCUGUCUCUCUGCUCAAGGCACAUGUGCAGUAUCAGCCAUCAAGGUCAGCCACUGCUUUCUGUUCGAGGGACAUGUGCAGUAGUGGCCAGCCAAAUCAACUGCUACUUUCUGGUCCAGGCACAUGCACAGUAAUGGCCAUUUGGUUGAGCUGUCACGUCACUGUUAAAAACAAGACAUGGCGAGCCAGCAACUUGGCUCAAAUAUUAUAGAGCAUUUCACAAGUGUGGCAGUGUGAGCGUCCUGUCACUGUGACACGACUGAUCAUGCACCCUGGCUACUUGGCCAAGAGGAUGUCCCUUUGCUUAGUGCGCGACUCUCACCCAGGAGUCUUUGGAUCGAAUCCCGCUCGGGCCCUCGUUUCUCCACCUUGCUACACAAGGAUAAAAGAGAUGCAUGGAAAAUAACCCUAACUCUUUCACGUGAACACAAUGGUGAUGCACGAACCCCUGAACUCAUUUACUGCCAUUGACAACAAAAUUCAUCAUUGUUUUGGACUGCCUGGAGGACAGCAAGCUAUGGUUAGCUCAGAACUACUUGUGUUUCAACAAAAACAAGACAGAAGUAAUUCUGUUUACUCCAUCAAAGACCCUAGGA